ACAAGCAUAAGCUCGAAUAAGGACCGCAGGAUUUAAAACUUUGCCGAAAUUAUGUCGAUGGAGGUUUAGUUAAGGUGACUUGUGGCACGUUGGUGUUGAAACGUAUUUAUUUGGUGUUUUAUUUUUGUAUAAAUCGUUGCAGCAACAUAAAUGGAUUACUCAGGCUUUUGCGUCAUGGAACUUGAUACCGUCUCCGACUAAAGAUGCCAACCAUCGUCUCCCCUCUGCUCAAUUCUCUCGAGAAAUGCAUCUCGAGGUCCGUGACAAGAUGAAAAUUCUCUUGUGGAAUUCGCCUUUCGCGUAAUACUCCAUCCGCCCACCUGCACGAUGAAUUUCACACAAGAAUUCUUGUACACGACCGGUUAUUCCAUCAUGGAUAACUCCUCGGAGUACGAUUACACCACCAACCUAAGCUACAAUGAUACGGAAGAAGGCGGGAAUCAAUUUAUCCUGCCGGUGUGGAGACAAGUCCUUUGGAGCAUUCUCUACGCAGGAAUGGUGAUUGUUGCGACAGGUGGAAAUUUAAUUGUUAUUUGGAUCGUUUUUUCACAUAAAAGGAUGCGGACGGUUACAAAUUAUUUUUUAUUGAAUCUUUCGGUGGCUGAUACCAUGGUCUCAACUCUCAAUGUCACGUUCAACUUUGUCUACAUGUUAAAUUCGCAUUGGCCCUUUGGUGAACUAUACUGCAAAAUUUCGCAAUUUAUAGCCGUUUUGUCCGUCUGUGCGUCUGUGUUUUCCCUCAUGUCCAUCUCAAUUGACAGAUACAUGGCUAUAAUGACUCCAUUAAAGCCGAGAAUGGGCCGUACUGUGACAGUGCUAUUAGCAGUGACUACGUGGCUAUUGGGGGUAAUUAUAGGUAGUCCGUCCCUGAUGUUCUUCAGAACAUACACGAUGCCCUAUAGAGAUGGGGAGGAACGAGUGAUUUGUUAUCCUGAGUGGCCGGAUGGCAUGACCAACGAAUCAAUGAUGGAAUACGCCUACAACGUGGGAUUCCUCUUUGUGACUUACGUCGUACCUAUAGGAUCGAUGACUUACACUUACGCCCGAAUCGGGAUCGAACUCUGGGGAUCCCAGAGCAUCGGCGAAUGCACACAGCGCCAAAUGGAAAACAUCAGAAGCAAAAGGCGGGUUGUUAAAAUGAUGAUGGUCGUCGUGAUUAUCUUCGCGGUGUGUUGGCUACCAUAUCACCUGUACUUCAUCGUGAUAUCCUAUUUUCCGGAAAUAACAAAUUCGACAUACAUCCAGGAAACGUAUUUGGCCAUUUAUUGGUUAGCCAUGAGCAAUUCCAUGUACAAUCCGAUUAUUUAUUGCUGGAUGAACGCCAGAUUCCGGCGAGGAUUCAAGCAGUUUUUCUCCUGUCUGCCGUUCAUUCACGUAAGUCCGGGAGCUUUGACUCGCCGCGAAGUCCUCACCAGUCGAAGACGCUCGUAUUCCGGAUCUCCGGACCAUAACCGAAUCAUCCGAAACGGAACCAUUCGUAUGAACUACAUGACACGCCCCAGCCCCACGUCCUCAACCAACACGUGCUACUCGAACCUCCCCGACGAGUUGGGCUACCACCGUAACCUGGAGGCCCGCCGAUGGAAAGGCGAGGAGCUCCGUUCCGUCUCCUGACAAAAACAGUUGUCCUCACAAACCGACGACAAGAAUUCCAUCAGACAAAGACGGACUUGGAUCUAGUGCCAAACCUCGCGAUCCAGCCGACAUUUGCCCUGGACUCGCGAGGAAACCACUGAUGAGGUCGACAAAGGCGUCACUGAGACGCAGAUGUAAAAAGUUGGAGCGGCUGUGAGACACCUUGGCGCUAAUUUAGAUAGAACACAGGGUACUAAGAGUUAAUUCACGACCUCGACUAUGACAUAUCCCAUUUAAAUGAAGUGUCGUUUCUGUAUUCAAGUAGGAUUAGACUAGAUUUGUUAGAAUUAGGGAAAAUUGACGACUGUCCUAGUAGAUGGCUAAUCAUCUGUCGGGAAAACACAAACGCUUUGAAGUUUAAGCCAAUCAGCUUUAAGUGUUUACCUACUCCUUUGAAGUUCCAAUCCUUACAUUUCAAACUGUACCUACUCUAAAAAAGUUAAAAAUCGAACUUAAGUAAUAAACGACACUGUGUGACCAAACAUGUGAUAUAAUUAGAUAUUUUUAAAACUGAAAGCAACUAAUUUAUUUUCCUUGUACAUAACUGUAUGUAUAGCUGUUGUAAAUAUACUUAACAUAAGUGUAAAAAAUGUACUAGCACCUCUAUUUAAGAUGUAUUUGAACUAAAAUAAAACAUGUAAUCAAUG